GCUUAUCCUGGCUGGCUGCGAAGAGAUGGUAGAUCUGUGUUUGGGAGAUCUGCAGAACUAUGCGGAGGAGGUCAAGGUGACGGUGCUGCCCAACUUCAGAGCGUCCACCGUCAACCUCAGCAGUGUGAGAUCCGACGCAUCAAACGGACGGAUGGAUGGAUGGCAGGGCAUGUCUGUGUGUGUGGAUAUCGAUGUGUGUGCCACACACAACCAGGGUCAUGUGGGUCCGUUCCGCGAGAAUACCGAGAUGGAGGUGCCGCUGUGGCUGGCCCGUGAGAUGCACAAGGCCCGGAAGGUGGUGCACAUCAACCCGCCGGCAUGGCUCAACAAAGGUAGGCAGACAUCGCUGGCUGUGGCCUGCAGCAAGGGAGGCCGUCCAUCCACUGCGACAGACAGAGAAUCCGUGUGUCUGCCUGUGUUGCUGCUGUUGCUGCCGUUCUUGUCAGUGACGCUGCAGGCGAUGGUAGAGUAUGAGAGGACCAAGCCGGACUUCUGCCGGCUGCCCGAAGACGUAUACGAAGUCGGCUUCACCUUCGUCAAAGAGUGAGGGAGGGAGGGAGAGGGGCCAGGAGGGCGCCGCAGGGGGACAGAGAGCACAUUGUGGGUGUGCCUUCUUCGUCUGUCUGUUUGUCUGUUUGUUUGUCUGUUUCUUUGUCUGUUCGCAGGAUGUCGAAAUACCUCGAGCACCCGAAGGACAUCAGGAGUGAGUGGGGGCUGACACUCAUACAAAUGCGGCGGAGGGGUGGAUAGCCAUCCUGACUGCUGUGCUGUUUCUGGUGUGUGUGUGUGUGUGUAGGGCUGAUUGAGGAGUUGCUGGAGUUGCGACUCAAGAAGAUGUUCGACGGUCGGUGAUGUCACGACCCUCUCACGCCACGACGCAGGGAGUGCCAGAGAGCCGUGUGUCUGUGUCUGUGUGUGUGUCAGGUCUGCAGGCGAUGGAUCAGGAGGUCAAGUCUGUCCACGUAAGCCAGAAAGAAAAACCCGGAAGACAUCCAGCCAUCCGUCGGCCCACGCGUGAGGCCUCAAUCAGAUGAACGGCUUGACGCCCAUCGAGGCCCACAUGAUUGGGUAGGGUGAAUGAAGAAGCGGGUGGCCACACACUUUACUUUUAUGUGCGAUGGAUGCGUGUGGUGUCUAUGUCCAUUCCAUUCCAUGUGUGUGUGGCUGGGCUGCAAUGCAGUGACAUAAUGAGUGGCGUCAUGGACAUCCACGCGGCCAUCGAGGCAUGGUUCGCACACAGAGGUCAGUGGAGAUGAUGGGUAGGAGCUGGAGGGGGGGAGGGAUGGCCGACGAACCUUUCUCCUUCUGUCUGUCUGUCUGGCUGGCUGGCUUUGCGGCCGGGUGCCAUCAGUUCCGCCCAAAACGUCCACGCAGUCCGGCGGGCAAUCGACAGCGAACCGGACAUUCGGUGGACUCGGAAGUCAGCCAUACACACACUCACACACACACACACAUACAAACCAAACAAGAGGCUAUCUGUUCUGUGGCUGGCUGUUCUUCUCUUCUCAUGGGUUGAAGGCGCAUCUGCAGGCGCAUCUGCGAGUGGCGCGAGCGGCAGCGGCCGAAGUAGAUGAGUGCAGUGCAGUGCAGUGCAGUGCGUGUGGGUGUGGGUGUGGGGGUGUCGAUACGAUGGUG